AUGGAUGACGAAGAUGAACAAGAACACCUCAGCGCAACGUCAUCGGCGAUUUUUGAUGUUAGUUUUUGUUGAUUAAACUUUUAAAAACAAUGUUUAAAAUUAAUAUUUUCUGCAGAUCACUGAAGACGUCAUUACGACUGCAGUAGUUGAAUCGGCCGAAAAAGAUUCAGAUCCGACGACAUCGGAAGACACAGCUGUUGUUUGUCCAAACUGCCGUAGUCCUUCGGGUUACUCGCAAUUUUCGAAAUCCUCAUUUAGGGUUAGUCCUUUCAAAAUCCAUCAAAGUUGUUCGUUUUCCUGUUGAAAAUGCGCAUUUCCAUUUUUUUGAAAUUAAGAAAUGACUUUCACAAAAUUAAAAAGAUUCUGAUGCAAAAUCUAUUUAAAAAGAUCAGAUUUUGCGUGACAUAUUUUUACGUGAAACAGCAAUAAUUUUCUCUUCGCUUCAUUUUUGAAAACCCGUAACUCAACUUAAAAUCAUUUUCAGCCGAAAAACCGCGCUCAAGUUGUUUGGAUAUAUCGAUCACGAUGUUUAGAUCCAAAUUGUUUACUUUGGUUUGGUAACAAUUAUCGAUUCGAUCGAGGAACUUUUAUAGAAGUUUCCGAUGAUGGAAGACCAAUAAAUGAACCAAAACAAAGAAUCGAAGACGAAGAAACAUCUAGAAGUUCUUCUGAUAAUAGCGAAAAGGCCCAAGAUGUACUAUACCCAGAAGUACCUAUCCCUCCUAUUUUGGUAACCGAAUGCGUUGAUGUGAAAUGUGAUAGAUGUGGAGGAAAUUCUGUUGUUUUAGCUUAUAUUAAAGCGAUAUACAGGGUGAGUAAAUUUAGUUUUCAUCUACGUAUUUUUUGAAAAGUCAAAAAUACAUUUUCAGGCUAAAACUCGUCCAUGGAUUUACAAAACAAAGUGUAUUUCGAAUGAUUGUGGACUUUGGUUUGGAAAAGGAAUGCGAUUAGAUAGAAGUUCGAUAAUGAGAGUUGAUGACACUGGAAGACCUUUCGGAAGAUCACAAAUUUCGAUGAAAAAUCAAGAAGAAGAAGAAGGAAAUUCGUUAGGUUUUGAAGAAGAUGAUGAUGAAGAAGAGGAUAUAAAAUUGAGUUCAAUCAAGAAUAAGGAAACAGACAUGAACAAUGAAUCAAUGGAAGGAGGAGAAGAAGAAGAUUGUUGCAAGAAUCAAGAAGAGGAAGAUGGGGAUUCUAAUGAAGAAGAGGCAACCAACCAAAAUAAAGAAUCUUCAAGUCAACAGAAAGUUGCAAAACCUAGAAAAAGGAGAACAAAAAAGACGGGUUUCAACUCUAGAAAACAAUCAUCAAUCAAAAAAAGAAAAGAGAAAAUGGAAUCGGGUCUUAUUCCAAAAUGUUCUCCAAAACCAGCAGUAAGAUCGAGUAGAGGAUAUGUUUAUGUAUUAGAACCAAUUGAAGGAGUGAAAAAAGAAGAAAAUGAUGAUUUAGUUCUCGGUCCAAGAAAAGUCAAAUGUAGUAAGUGAAACAACUUGUAAAAUUGAAAUUUAAAAUCAUCGAAAAUCAAUUUUCAGUAAGUUAUAACGAAGAAACUCCAAAGAAAUCAACUGAAGAUGGAAAUAAAGCCAAAGAAAUUCAUAAAGCGAAACUGUUGGAUGCAAAAAAUGAAAGAAGAAGAGAAGCAUAUAAAAUAAAACAAGAGGAAAAAAGUUUGUUAUUCCAUACAAAUGACAGUAGUAAUUGUAAUUGUAAUUUUAGGACGAGCUGCAGAGAAAAAAGUGUCAGAAAAACAGACGAAACGAAAAGAUUAUCCGAAAAAUAUUCAAGAAAACAAUGAAAUAGCAACUUCAACAUCUCCGUCUUCAGCUUCAUCCGCUUCUUCAAGUGUUGAAUAUUGUAAUAUUGGAACACAAUGUGAAAAUGAACUUAUUCUGGAAAGUGAAUAUAUUAAAUCUAUGUAUAUUGCUGAUUUGAACGCAAAUUUCAAACCGGAAAUUGUUGUAAGAAUAAAAGAUAUGCCAUUGAUGGUUCGAGCAACACUUUUGAAUAUGAAACGAAUUAUUCAAGAACAGGUAAGUUCAAUUAUAUUUAUUGUUAUAAAAUUGAGAAAAUUUAUCCCUUGUUUUUUUUCUCUUAGGAAUCGCAAAUCAAAGAAUCUGAACAAAUCAAAGCAAAAUAUAAAGAAUUGAUGCCAAAAUUAUCUGAGAAAAUUCGACAACUUAGAUUGGCUUAUACUGAUGAUUUAAGAAGAAUUGGUGAUGAUAUUAUCGAAUUGAGAGAAGAGUUUCGUCAACAUCAUAUAGAAGUUAUUUCAAUAUCUCGCAAAACUGUUUCCAAAUUUGAUGUGAGUUUGAAAAAUAAAAUGCGGAAGCGGAAACAUUCUUUUUUUUUCAGAAAGCAAAAUAUGAAAUCGAAUUGAAAUAUGAAGAUAUGAUUCAAAAAUGUAAAAGUAUUGAAGCGAAAGUUCUUUUGAAAGAAGCUGAGAUGAAAUAUGAAAAAGAUCGAGCUGAUUAUUUUUUGAGUGUAAAAGAUCGAUAUGAACAGCAAAGAAAUGAAUCGCGAAAAUUAUAUAAAGAUAUUGAAAAUAAGUUGUCAGACACUGUUUAUAUUAGUAAGUAUUUUCAUAAUUUGGUUCAAAAUCGGACGAAAAAAUGUGAGUUUCAGGAAACGAACAAAAAUGCACACAUUGCCAAAUUUUCGAAAAACUCAACAAAAACAUGAAAAAAGAAGUUGUUGAAUAUCAAAUGCAACGGGAUACAGCGAGAAAAGAAAAAGAACAAGGAGAUGUUCGAGCACAUAAUGCAGAAAGAUGUGCACAAAUAUUAUCACAAGAAGUUGAUAAAUUGAAGUAUGAAAGUAGAACAUGGAAAAGUCAAGCAGAUAAAUUGAGAGAACAAAAUGAUGCAUUAAUUAAGAAAAGUGAGUAUUAUAAUAUUUAAAAAAAUAACAAGUAAUAUUCAAAGCAAAUAAUUGUUCACGGUUGAAAAAUCAACAAAAUCAUUUUAUUUGCAGAUCAAAAAUUGAAACAAGGUGUGGUUAUCGAGAAUCCGAACACGCCGAAAUUUAAUACUCCACCUUCUUCAUCUACACCAAUUCAACAAUCUUCAACUGAACCAUCAUCAUCUUCUACACCAUCAAAUAUUCCAACAGUUUCAAUUUCUUCUACAGAUAAUAUUCGAAAACAACGAGUUUCUCCUCUUGAAGAUGGCGAAAUAGAUGAUUCAUCGAAAUCUCCACCAGCAAAUUGCAAAAAAGGUCCACUUCCUCCUGCGAAACCAGCUCCAAUUGCUUCAGGAUUUGCAUCUUGGAUACCGAAAGAAGCUUUAAAUGCUCCAGCUCCAACAAUUCCAACACUUUCUUCACCAUUUGGUGUUCCUGUACAACCAGUUAAAAAACCGGAAGUCAAAUUGCCAACCUCACAUGCACCACUUCCUUGGGAUGCAAAAUCGAAAUUAACAGAUGGAAUGUCAGAUACUUUGAAAAUGGUUGCAGCACAAGUUGAGGCCGAGAGAUUUUUCGGAACUUUGCCACCAAUGAAAGAAAGAAAGAAGCCGCAAAUUCAACCAGAACCAAGAGCUGUAAAACCAAAUAGUGAAAAAAGUAAGUGAUUUUGAAUAUAGAAUUUAAUUAUUGUCAAAUGGUUUCAGAUACCCAGGCUCAGAAAAAACAACAGAACUCGAAUCAAUGGAAUUCACCUCCAACAAAGAAAAUAAAAAAAGCAAUGCAAAAUCAAGCUGAAAAUGAGCACGUUGCACCACCUUCUAAACCUCCACAAAUUCCAUCAUUUGAUUCUCCUUCCACGUCUGGACAAUCUCCAAAAGUUGGAAAUACAAAUCCAUUUGGUGUUGUGAAAGAAAAAGUGGCAACACCGGCACAAAAUGUUGAAAAACCGGCGGCUCCAUCGAUUAUCAAAACUGCUGCACCUGCUGCUGCUAAUCCUGUUGCGAAACCUCCGCCAAAACCACAACAGCAACAGCAAACGCCGAAAGGCCAGCAAAGAAAUAAUUUUGGAGUACCGAAUGGAAGAGGACCACCUGCUUGGGCUGGAGCGCCGAAACCACCACAUCAACAACAGCGAAUGGAACCUUCGUUUUUUGGAUCACCGGCUGGAACUAGUGAUAGGUUUGUUUUUUCCUAGAUAGACCUGGGCCAUUUUAAAAAUUCAAACAAAUGUUUGAGAAAAAUUCACCAUUUUCGAAUUAACGUAGCCAUGGUGACAAUUUGGCCGAAAUUUCAUUUUGUUUUAAUGAUUUGGUUUCAGAUUUCAGGUGGAUAAUAUUUUUUUUGCAGAUCAUUUGGCUCUUCUCCAUUUGGCAAUUCUGGUUUACCAUGGCAUAGAGAAAACAGUAUGAAUGCAACACACGUCGACACACCAUUUGGAAAAGUUCCGAUUAGAGAGGGUCAGUUCUUUUUUCUACUGUGAAAAAAAGAAAGGGUUGGUCCCAUUUUUUGAAUUUUCGUGUGGGUGUUUGCAGAAAUACGCGCAACACCGUGACGAUUUUUUCACCAGGAGGAAUCCAACCCCCUACGGCCAAAUUCAUCUUUCUGACAUUUUUUUUACUUUUGAACUAAUUUUGAACAGAAAUUUUUAUUGAAACUAUUUUUCCGAACAUAAUUUUUCCAUAAUCUAUAUUUUCAGAAGCGUGGGGACGUGGUAAUCGAAUGUCGAACUCAUGGACAGAUGACACGAAUUGGACAAGCGAUGGACCGCCUCGAAAUAAUUUCAGCUAUUUUGGUGUUCCUCCAAAUCAACAACCACCACCUCAAAAUCAAAAUCCACCACCACAUUAUAAUAAUCCGCCACAAAGUUUCAUGAAACGAUCUUUCUGGGAUUAA